AAAAAUAUAAUAACUUUCUCCUUACUUCCUACGAUAAUUUGCGUAGGAGUACACGUUAAUAUUCAAUUAACAAAUAAGGCAAAAGUUGGAGAAUAAUGAAACAAUACUGAAGCAUAUUUUAGAAAAAGGACAUUUUUAUCAGAUAACAGAUAUUAUCUCUUUAUAUAACUUCAAAUGAACAAUUUUAUAUAUGUUUGUACAAUUUGAUGUAUGUUUGUACAAUUUGAUGUAUGUUUGAUACGAUAAAAGUGUAUCGUAAAUCGUGAUUCUUGUUAUCAGUUGUUAACAGACGUCCCGGCAACGAAGCAGUUAGCAAUAUAUAUAUACUUUACAAAUGUUUUUUACGUAAUAAUAUCUUAUAAUAGAGUUUAUGAUGGGAACCAUCAAUUGGGGUGAAUUAUUCCCAGGAAGAUGGAGUCCUGUCAUUUUUAUUUCAUACAUGGCUCUGUUUGUGAACCAAGGUAUUAUUGUAACUUGGUCUCAAAGAGAUGGUCACUAUGAAUAUAAUAUUAUUAUGGUAGUAUUGAUGACAGAAAUAUUAAAGUUAUUUACUUCUAUAAUAUUCUACUGCAAAGACAAUAGCUUUGGAAGUUUGUGCCAAGAAGUAACGGAAAAUAAGAAAGUGCUAUUGCUGUACAUGAUACCAUCAUUUUUGUAUUGUUUAUACAAUAAUCUGGCAUUUAUUAAUUUGGCCAUAUUUGAUCCAACAACUUACUAUGUGUUGUUGCAAUUUCGUGUUGUCAUGACUGGAAUUAUUUUCCAGGUCGUUUUUAACAAGAAAUUAUCAUUGAAACAAUGGUUUUCGCUAGUAUUACUGACUAUUGGAUGUAUGGUGAAACAUAUAGAAUUAGACUUUAGCGUCAAUAUAUUUAAUGCUAAAAUUAAUUUGAGUAGUAACAUCAUUUUAGUAUUUAUACAGACAAUUUGCUCCUGCCUAGCUGGAGUUUACAACGAAUAUUUACUUAAAGAGCAAGGGGCAAACAUCAAUAUUUUUGUACAAAAUGUGUUUAUGUAUAUUGAUAGUAUCUUUUGUAACCUUAUAGUUUUUAUACUAUUUUUUAUGUCAGCAAAUAAUGCCUCUAAUAUGUUGAACAGUGCUGAUCUUGGUAUACUUAUGCAACCAAAAAUAAUAAUAAUAAUGCUGAAUAAUACAGCAAUAGGAAUUAUCACAAGUUUUUUCUUGAAAAACUUGAACUCUAUCUUAAAAACUUUCGCUAGUGCGUUAGAACUGAUAUUCACAGCGGUUUUGUGUUGGCUGAUAUUUAGUAUUCCAAUCCAUUUAAAUACUGUACUUUCGAUCGCUAUGGUAAGUUAUGCAGUUAUAUUGUAUUCGCAAAAUCCAGUACAAAAUACCUGGACCAAAGAACGAACAAAGGCUGAUAACAUAGUUUAGUAGACAUCAAUUAAAAACCUUCCUUAAUUAUAUUCUGUACAUGGAUUUUUCCUGAUGUAAACCUGUUACUCAUGUGUCUGUCCCAUUAUGUUUUAUUGUAUAGCUUUAUGUAUUGUAUAUGUAUAAAUGUAACUAAUUUGAAGAACUUUUAUGUUAAUAAGUAUUAAAGGAAAACGAUUUGUUAUAGAGA